CAGUCUCCCGCCAACAAGCAAAAGGGCAAGCGCCGCUUUUGCCACGUAUCUGUCUGUAUCCCUGUUCCAUCGUGGAACAUCGUCAAACACGCUUUCGUCGCGGUGUCGCGCUAUAUCCAACCGGGGAAAAAAAAAGAAAAGAGAGUUCAGAUCGUCGAAGCUCCUCUGUGUACUCGAUCCGGUUGACCCGGUUGAUUGGCAAGAACGAGAGGGCCGCCGUCUAUCUUUCUCUCUCGUGCGCGCGAUCCUCGUUUUGCGUAACACAGGCCGAAAAAAUUCUCGUCGAGAGUGAUCUCCUCGUUCGUCUUUCUUGUCGAACAGUCGCGCGUGUGUCAAAUGGUGAGGUGAGAGCCACCCUAGAGAAUCGUGGAGGGAAUCUCGCAUAACUCGAACAUGAGAAUGAAGAAGGAAGCGCCGUGUCUCGUGCUGAGGCUGGUCCCUCUGGAGAACCUCGAACCAUGGGGUGGACACAAGGAGUUUCAUAGGCGGCACAGGGAUCUCUGCGAGGACACGCUUCUCCCAACAGUCGCAGCUGGCCCAUCCACGGUCGCUGGUUGUUCCAGUCCAGGGCCAGGUUGUCCGGUGUUGAGUCUGUCUGGGCCACCGACCCCCCAACCCGCGGACAUCGAUAGUCACCCAGCCUCGAGGGUUCUCCCGUUCCUCUAUCUUGGAAACGGCAGGGACGCGGCCGAUCUGCAGCUUCUUCGCGCAUUGGGCGCCACCAGGGUCCUCAACGUCACUUCGCAGCUGCCCGGAUACCACGAGGAGAGGGGCAUCACGUACAGGCAGAUCCCUGCCACGGAUUCUGGCCAUCAGAACCUUAAACAGUACUUCGAGGAGGCAUUCGACUUCAUCGAGGAAGCCCGGAAGGCCGGAAGCAGCGUGUUAGUGCACUGUCAGGCAGGAGUGUCGCGCAGCGCGACGAUCGCGAUCGCGUACAUAAUGCGGCACAAGGGCCUGUCCAUGGUGGAGGCGUACAAACUUGUGAAGAACGCCCGACCAAUCAUCAGCCCGAACCUGAACUUCAUGGGGCAAUUGUUGGAGCUCGAACAGGGUUUGAGGGCGUCCGGCGGUGUGGCUGCCGCCCCGGAGGAACCGAAGGGUUGCCACCAGUGUCGUUGGUCUCAUCAGCAGAACAACGAGGAGGUAACUUCCGGUUGCAGCGUCUGAGCCGAGCGAGAUCGCCAAGCAACAAUCGCGAGCGAUGAUUAUUUCGCUCGUGUCACUGGAUCGACGAAAACAGAAAAUAGAAGAAAGAGAGAGAGAGAGAGAGAGAGAGAGAGAGAGAGAGAGAGAGAGAGAAAGAGCCCACGCUCGACGUUUCGCGUCGCAAGGACGAAGGUCGAAAGACACACUCUACACAUAUCCUACACGUAUAUAUCCGUUGAAACAAACCGAAGUCGUCGUUCUUCCUGUUUCACGUGCGAAGAACUUGGAUACCAUUAACUUGUUACACGUGCCUUGGCGAGAUCGGCCCUAGAAACGGGAAAAGGCUGAUUUACAGAGAGACACUUUAUUUCUAUUAUCGAGUAACUUAUUCAGUGAAAAAAAAAAAAAAAAGAAAAAAAAAGGAUGAGGACGUUCUAGAAGAGGGAGGAGAUGCGAGAGAACGCGUGGUUGACUUUCGAACGGCGAAGGAAGAGACGACGCGAAAGGUGUGAAAAGUAAAACUUGCGCGCGUCGUCCUCCAUUUUGGUACCGGAGGACCAAGCACGAUGGCGCACCGAGUUUCUUCCCCCGUGUUGUUCGUCAACAACGCGUUGAACUCCCUCGUAUAAUUAUUUAUAUCCGUUGAAAAAGAAGGAUGGAAGAGUCGAGGGACGUUCGUGGCGGCGUUCGUUAACGGAAGCUUCGUGCAAUCGUCGCGAGGAAAGAGACGGUGUACUUACGCGACAGUGUUCCGUAGUUUUUUUUAUUGGUACAAAGUAUAUAUACGUGGUUGAGAGGCCUCGUUGGUCAGAGGAUGUCGUCGCGAUUAUUUUCUUUUCUUUCUUCCUUUUUUCUUUUUCUUCUCUUUCCCUUGGGCAGUCGAUUGCAGUAGCGAGAGUAUGUAUAAUAUUUGAUUUGAACGCGAUGAUACACAGUGUUACACUUUUCUUGGAAAUAUCUACGCGUUUGUAUAAUUUAUAAAAUCGAUUUUAUCUUUUCGUCCCUUCUAAAUGUAUCUCGUUUGUUUUGUUCUCUUUCUUCUUUUCUUCUUCUUUUUUUCUUUUUUAAAUGUGAAUUGUCCUCGUUUAAUUUAAUUUUUGGCCGCGGUCCUUCACUUUUCAAAUGUGUUCGAAGAAUAAUCAUUUCGUAUUUAAGGACGUCGCUUCAGUGACACUGUUACGCACGAGGAAGCAUCGAACCGGAAGCGUACGAUCGAGCGAUUGCGCCCAAAGUACAUCUUGUGGUAUUAUCACUUUGCCAUGGAAAUGCCGCGCGCGCGUAAAAUGAAAAAAGGUGGGAUGAAUGUACGUCAAUUGCGAUCAAUAAUAACUAUGUUUGCGUUUCUUUUUUUUUUUUUUUUUUUUCUUUUUUGCCUUUUGCCUAUUUGUAUCACUGUAUUCGUCAUAUUACUUUAUUCGAUAGCGAAGUGAUUUAUAUUUGAUAAAAUAAUAUAUCGUUAACCGGAAUUAGCUUAACCACUGAGCUCCGUAGCAUUUAAGGAUCUGGUUGAGAUCCAACCAUCGUGAUCUAGUCGUUUGUUGGAAUGUAUAAUUUGAUGAUGAUGAUAUGUAAUGUACGAAAGAGAGAGCGAGAGAAAGUUCAAAUAAUUCCCCCGCCCCCCUCCCAUCCCCAGCCCCGCCAACUAAAAUUAGAUUAAUGUUAAGAAUGUCGUCGACAACUCGAGGGACAAGGCGUAAACGCGAUUUCAGAAACGUAAUCAAGAUGCCAAAACACGGACUUUUAGUUCGGAUUCGACGAGUUUUCAGGCUCAUGUUCUAUGUAAUAACCAAAAUUGCUACGUUUUCUCGACUUUGUACAUAAGAAAUAAAUGUUGACGCACGAGGUGCGAAUCGAUGAUACCUUGGAUACCGUUCUGCUCGUAUAAAUAAACGAUAAUAAAUUCAAGUAACUCGCAACAUCACCCCGAAAAUGCUUCUGUCGGGCUUUCGUUGGAACGUUUCGCCGAUAACGUAAAAACAAUCGACGAAAAUUGAACUCGACUCGACGUCGUGCAAAACUUGAACUUUCAUCUUUUUUUUUUCGAUCGAACGGGUUCAUCGUAUUUGAAGAUUGUUUGAUAUCGACGUGUGUGCAGUCUUUGGACGAAGAGAGGUAUUGCAAGAAAGGAAAUGCUUUCAUUCGAAACACUUCCGUCAUUUUAAUCGUUCCUUCUUGGGAACCGGCAAGUACAAGAUAUCGAUCGUCCAGCGCAGAUGAAAAACGGGGGAAAAAAAUAAGAAGAGAGAAUCGUGUGCGCAGUUCGUUUCAAUCGUCGAGAUACCUCGAGCAACGGCCUAAACAGGACGUUGAUUUAAAAAGGGGGGAGGGGGGGGGGAAGUACACCGUGAAACAUGUGCGAAAAAGUAACUGUACGACGCGACAAUCGCCGCGGUUAAAUCAAACCGAGCAGCUGUUCAAAAGAGGAAGAAAAAAAAAAAGUCGCUUAAACCGAUAUAUGCCUUUCUACUAGUUAGAGAGACUCAAACUGUUGACAAUAAAAGCUUGACAAGAGAAAGAGAGACCUGCUGUGCGUGAAAAGGGAAAAUAUAUAGGUUCGCGUCAUAUAUGUUUAUAUAUAUAUAUAUAUGUUCACGUUAUAUAUAAAUAUAUAUAUAUAUUAUAUACAUGUGGAUGUGCGUGUGUGUAUGUGUGCGUGUGUGUGUGAGUGUGUGUAUAGCAUAACGAGGCAGAGCAAGUUCCUUCAGAUUCUCUAAUUCUCUCGAAGAAACAUAUCAAAGAAACGUCGCCUUUCAUUCUUUCCUGUUUCUUCUUUCCGUUUUCCGUUUUCCGUCGCAAGCAAGAGCGAAAUGUCACGCUCGAAGGGAACAAUUUCUGUUCACAUCUCCUGUAACAGAAUUGGGCGCCGUCUUAGGCUUCGCGUAGAGGCCAUGUAAAAAAAAGUGUUAGCGAGAUAGUAUUGUAAAUAUUCACCGAUCAAAGACACAAAGGCGAUCGCGAAGGAAUCCGCGCGUAGUUGAGGCAGAGAAAGGGAGAGAGACCGAUCGGCGUCGUGUAAUGAAACAAACAAAAAAAAAAAAAAAAAAAAAAAAGAACGCUCUGUUCGAUAGGGAGAGAGAGAGAGAGAGAGAGAAGCAGAGAGCUACGAGCGUAGUACCUGUUGCAUCACGAGAACGUACGACACGUACGUAGCGUCUACUAGGUUGUUGGAAGAGCCUCAACAAUAAAAAUGUAUGUCGACCUGCGAUAAAUAAGCCGCUGUUGCCGUGCAGCGAUAAAAAUAGUGCUCGGUGCAAUCUUGUAUACUGGAACUGGUAAAGGCAGACCCGUAGGAUUGUUAGACGUCCUUGUCGCAUUACCAUUCUGUCGCAAUUAAGAUAACCUGGAAGAUAAAGCUUAUUGCUAACGUCACGCGGUCGAACAAGUUCCUAACUGAAAGACCAUCUUGCCUGCCGCUACGUAUUUUGAACCUUGCUUGUUUAGCCAGUUCUGCUCUUCACGCGAGAUCUGAAACCCUUCACCGGGUUAUGAUUUUUUCUUAUCGUGGAUCGAUGUAUUCUUUUAUUGCCAACGUUUUUCUGCAUCGGUAUGCACGCAUCAGGAUUGCGUACACACACUUCUCUUGGGAUGGUUAGUAGAUGCUGCACCGAGUUAAUCAAUCGUUUUUUUUUGUUUUUUUUUUCUUUUUUUUUUUUUGCGGAAGCGUCGCCGUACGAUCGGAUGCCUUUUUUUUUCGUUUUUUCAAUGUACAGUUACAUAUAACGUGAAAUAAUUGUGCAUACGCGAGGACAACUAUUGUAUCAUAUCAAAAUUUAGUUAUUUUAUGAAUAAAAGUAUAAACC